UACUCUAUCUCUCACUUACUAAAUCACCCUCUCAAGAACCAGAUAAUUACCCCCCACUCCUUUAUUUCGUACCCUUUUCCUUUUUCAACAAGAAAACCCCUUCCCUCCUCCUUAUAAAAUACCACACAUUUGUUCUAAUCUUCAUUGCCAGCCAAAAAAAAAAAAAAGAAACACACACACAGAGAAAAGAGAAAAGCAAAAUAAAGCUCAAGUCUUUUGUUUGUAAAGAGAGAGAGAGGGGAAGUUUUGUUAGCAAAAAAGAAAUAUGCAAGAAGAGACUGAGAAGAGCAGCAAUAGCAGCAGCAGUAGCAGCAGAAGGAAGAAGAUGAAGAUGUGGCUACUUCGGAGGAUGAAGGUGAAGGAGUCAUGGAGAUGGAGAUGGAGGUUUUUAGGUUCUGCUUUUAAGUGGAAACGGGUGAACUUGCAGCUUUCUUUUCUUGAUAAUUUGCUUUUCAAGAUUAUGUCUCUUUUGGAGGCUAUUGUUCUUGUUGCUACCUUGUGUUUCUUCUUUUUAUGCUGUGGUUGCCACUUUUGAACCACCCCUUCAUCAUGUUGUAAUUAGUUUCGAGUUUUAUCUGUUUAUUUUAGUGUUUCUUCUUCUCUCUUCCUCUCAUGUUUCGGUAUAAAGAAUGUCCGCAAGGAUCCUUUUUUAUAGCUCUUGAGGUUUAACAGAAAUUUAUAUUCCUGGAUUAUGAGUUAAGAGAGAUCAAUGUAGGGAGUUUGCUUCCAUGGCAGAUCUGUCGAUGCAGCCCUUCUAUUUAUUUGCUAAUUGGAACUUCUAAUCUUGCAAUUUCUCUCUUUCUCUGAGCAUUGGAGCAAUGAGUUGGCUUUAUUUUUUUUUUUAUCUUGAAUUUAAUAGGAGUUUGAAAUUUGACUGCUA